CCCAACAGAGGGACAAAACGACCCCGCGAUGAGGAGGAGGAGGAAAUCAAAGCGCGGCGGAAACAAGCCGGCACGCGAGAGCACGGUCGCCACAGGGAAGAGGAGUCGGCAGCGCCGGACGAAACCGAUGACGAGAAGAAGAAGCUUCUCCAGAUAAUUGAGAGGGACGGCGAAGAGGAAGAGGAGGAAGAGGAACCGUUGGACGAGAGCUCGGUGAAGAAGAUGAUUCUCACCUUCGAGAAGAGAUCGUACAAAAACCAGGAGCUGCGGAUCAAGUUCCCUGACAAUCCAGAGAAGUUCAUGGAAUCCGAGCUGGAUUUAAAUGACAUCAUUCAGGAAAUGCACGUGAUCGCGACGAUGCCAGACCUGUACCACCUGCUGGUGGAGCUGAACGCCGUGCAGUCCCUCCUCGGGCUGCUGGGCCACGACAACACCGAUAUCCUUCAGCAGCUCUCCCGGGAGAGGCUCUCGCAGACCUUCC